AACCUCCCUUGCAGCUGGUGCCGCAACGAGACAAACCUGCCGGCAUCUGCUGAUAACCGGAACACCAUUCACUAGACUUUAUACUGUUGCCUGGGUGGGGGACCAGGAAUUCUUAUCUUUCAAGUCUUGAAAACUAUUUCUUCGGACAAAGUAGCCCGUGGGCAUUCUCAAUCACCCGACACCGCACGGAUCGUCACUGUCGUCAAGGUUGUCCAGUUGCGGCCGGAGGUGUCUGGACUCAAAUAUCCGGACUCGACAGACUCGGCAAACAGCCGUCGAUGCGACAAGCAAACAAGAUGGCCUCGAACGAGAAGGACAAAGCCUCGACCGGAAGCACGGCCGAGAAGGCCCUGGCUCACAACCCACCUUCCGGUUCGGAAAAGACAGAAGGCCCUCAAGCCAGCGCUACGAAGGCCCUCGACGGAACCCACCAAGCCUCAAGCACCUCGACAGACUUUGAGCAGCACAAUGAAGAUUCUACUCGUCUGAGUGUCCGCAAAGCAUUGGCUCUAGCAGCCUUAGCUUGCUGCUGGACCAAUGCGCAAGCUCCUCUGUAUCUGUUCGCUGCCGUACCUGUCUUCGUCUACCGAGAGCUUGGAGGAGUUGAUCACUGGGUCUGGUUCAUCACUGCUCAUCUACUCGCCACUGCCGCCAUUUCGCCUUUCGUUGGUCGUUUCUCCGAUGUAUUUGGACGCCGCUGGGUUGCUCUGGCUGGCAGCAGCUUGAUCGUUGUUGGCCAGAUCAUGUGUGGUGUUGCCGAGAACAUGGAUAUCUUCAUCGGCGGAAUGGCUCUAACCGGAAUUGGCACCGGCAUCAACGAGCUCACAGCCCUCGCGGGAACAGCUGAACUCGCCCCCAUUGCGCAUCGUGGCUACUACAUUGCCGGUAUGAUUCUCACCAUCAUCCCUCUUUUGCCAUCGGUCAUGUACUCCCAGAUCAUCUCGGCCUUCUCGACCUGGAGGUACAUCUCGAUUCUCACAGGCGGCUGGGCACUGGUCGGGCUUGUAAUGACUGCCCUCUUCUACCAUCCUCCUGCGCCGACAGAGGACCUCAACUGGAAACAAAAGCUUUCGCUCAUGAAGGAUAUGGAUGUGGUCGGUGGUGUCCUCUCUAUCGCUGGGUUGGCUCUGCUGGAAGUUGGUCUUCUGGGCGGAGGAUAUCAGUAUGCGUGGACAAGUGCGAGAGUCUUAGCUCCCCUGAUUUUGGGACUCUUCGCACUCAUUGUCUUUGGCCUUUGGGAAUUCAAGGGAGCCAAAACCCCCAUGAUCCCAAGAGACUUGGGUCCGGCCCCCCGUACACUCAUCAUGACCAUGAUCAUCACCUUCAUUUCCGGCGCCAACUUCUUUUCUGUUUUGAUGUUAUGGCCGAGCGAAGCGUAUAAUGUCUACGGUAACAAUCCCUACGGUGUCGGCUUCCGCGGCAUGCCCUUCCCCUUCGGCAUCCUCGCCGGCUGCGUCAUCUCGCUCUACCUCCUCUCACGCUUUCCGCGACACAUCAAAUGGAUCGUCCUCCUCACCUGCUGCAUCAUGACAGCCGGGUGCGGCGCCCUCGCCUCCGCCCGUCUCGACAACAUCCACACCAUGUACGCCGUCCUCUUCAUCGCCGGCCUGGGCGUAGGGGGCAUCGUGGUGCCGGCUUCAACAAUCGCCACCAUCAUCGCGCCGAGGGACUUUAUCGCCACCAUUACGGCCUUGACCAUCUCGAUCCGCAUCGUCGGCGGGGUGAUCGGAUACACGGUUUACUACAACGUGUUCAUCCAGAAGCUGGUACCCCAGCUUACGAAAUCCGUAGUGGGAGCAUGCAUAAAGAGCGGGAUCACCAACAAGGAAACCAUCGGCGCGGUGAUCGAGCUGACGGGCGCCUCGCUGGUGGACGAGAUUCGCAUGCUUCCUGGAGUCACGGACGACAGCUGGGCGGUGAUCGUGGCGGCCGGUCAGGAGGCGUACGUGAGGGCGUAUCCGUGGGUGUACUACUGCAGCAUUGCGUUUGGCGGAGUGUCAAUUUUGGCGAGCCUGGGCGUGGAGGAUAUCUCGGGCUUGAUCGAUAGGACGGUUAUGGUUCAUAUGUGAGGGGACCAUGGCUGGCGCCUUGGGGUGGCGUGGUGUGGUGUCUGUCUGGCGGUUUUCUCGGGUUUUCUUACCCCAUCAGCGCGGAGCGAUUUGACUUCUUAUCAGAGCGGCAAGCGAUGCGGUCUUUGUGAGUUUCGUA